GUUGUGCGGUGUGGAAUCUCGCGAUUGUUGGCGUUAUUAGAGAGAGCUGGUGAAGAUGGCGCCUGUUGUGACAGGGAAAUUCGGGGAGCUCCCUCAGCCAAAGCGUUUAACGAGAGAGGCCAUGCGCAAUUACUUGAAGGAGAGAGGAGAUCAAACAGUACUCAUACUGCAUGCAAAAGUCGCACAGAAAUCUUAUGGCAAUGAAAAAAGAUUCUUCUGUCCUCCACCUUGUGUGUACCUGAUGGGCUGUGGCUGGAAGAAAAAAAAGGAGCAGAUGGAGAGAGAGGGCUGUACAGAGCAGGAGACUCAGCCUUGUGCCUUUAUCGGUAUUGGAAACAGUGAACAAGAGAUGCAGCAGCUCAACUUGGAGGGCAAGAAUUUUUGCACUGCAAAAACGUUAUACAUUUCUGACUCGGACAAACGAAAGCACUUCAUGCUGUCAGUGAAGAUGUUCUAUGGGAAUAGCGCAGAUAUCGGUGUCUUCCUCAGCAAACGUAUCAAGGUCAUCUCCAAACCUUCCAAAAAGAAACAGUCACUGAAAAAUGCAGACCUGUGCAUAGCUUCCGGGACAAAAGUGGCUCUUUUUAACCGCUUGCGGUCUCAGACUGUCAGUACGCGGUACCUUCACGUGGAGGGGGGAAACUUUCACGCCAGCUCACAACAGUGGGGAGCCUUCUACAUUCAUCUAUUGGAUGAUGAUGAGUCAGAGGGAGAAGAGUUUACAGUCAGAGACGGUUACAUCCAUUACGGUCAGACGGUAAAGCUGGUGUGCUCUGUUACGGGCAUGGCUCUACCGCGACUGGUCAUCCGUAAGGUGGAUAAGCAGACAGCGCUAAUGGAUGCUGAUGAUCCUGUGUCCCAACUACAUAAAUGUGCCUUCUACCUUAAAGACACAGAGAGGAUGUACCUCUGCCUUUCACAGGAGAGGAUAAUACAGUUCCAGGCCACACCCUGUCCCAAAGAAACGAACAAAGAAAUGAUCAAUGAUGGGGCGUCAUGGACAAUCAUCAGCACAGACAAAGCAGAGUACACUUUCUAUGAGGGUAUGGGCCCUGUACCCUCACCUGUCACACCUGUGCCUGUUGUUGAGAGUUUACAGCUGAAUGGAGGAGGAGAUGUUGCCAUGCUGGAGCUGACAGGCCAGAACUUCACACCUAACCUUAGAGUUUGGUUUGGAGAUGUGGAAGCUGACACUAUGUACAGGUGUGGUGAGAGCGUGCUCUGUGUGGUCCCCGACAUCUCUGCGUUCCGUGAGGGGUGGCGUUGGGUUCGACAGCCAGUGCAGGUUCCUGUAACAAUGGUCCGUAAUGAUGGCAUCAUCUACUCUACGGCUUUAACGUUUACCUACACACCAGAGCCAGGACCACGCCCUCACUGCAGCGCCGCUGGAGCCAUACUGCGCACCAACAGCAACUCCUCCACAUCACCAUCAUCCUCCAGCCUACUGCUGCAGUCAGCUGUCAACAGCCAGGCAGGAUAUGCAGCAGGGAGCGUUUCAUCAUCAACUUCUUCCUCGGCUAUGUCUGUGUCCUAACCUGGGGAUCUUCACAUGUCUGCGCAUGUGUUUAAGUAAGCCUGCGUGAGGGAUGGUGAUUUCAUCAGCUCUUUGACUCAAGCAAAGAUUCAUGGGAUAAGGAUCUCAAAUCAUGGAUAAUGGUGCCACAGAGAGAGUAGAAAAAGAGAGAUAAGACUUCACAGAAGACUGGACAGAAUAAACGAAGGUGACUCUUUUCUGUUCUCUCUCUGUCUCUCUUUGUUACGGUUCUUUUUAUUUCCGUUUCCAGUUGUUUGAGGAUGGCAACUGCACUUCUGUGGCAACAGAGUUGCCAUGGAUAAAGAUGCCACAGGAUCAAUGCAUUAGCCUUAAUUGAAAACAAAAAAACAAUCACUCACAAAAAAAACGUUCUCUUUAAAUCAAAACCUCUUCUGUUCGUAAGUGCAGAAAGUAAAAUGGCUUUGAGAGAUUUUGUUUUCUACUAAAAGGACUUGAUGCACUGUUUUGCCAGGCUUGGAAGAAAAGUUAUCAUAGUAAUAUAGUUUUUACGGACCAAGGAAUAUUAUUAUUAUUAUUUUUAUUGAUAUAUAAUUUUAUAAGCUUUAGCUAAGGUACAUUUUUCACCUCUUUCAGUUUUAUAACAUAUAGUAAACUUUUGUUACCAAAUAGUUUUGUAUAUUUCUUGUGAGCGUUUGGGCUCAGAAGGAAAAAGUUCACGCAUUUUGAAAGCCUGAACUCAUAGCUGCCUUUACUUGUCUUGGCAAAUGCCUUAAAUCAUCUGGGGUUUUACCAGACCUUUUUCUCUUUUGUAGUAAUAUUUGUAUGUGUUGUAUAUUGGUCUUUAUUUCCCCUUCCUUUUGUUCCACUAAACUGAGGUGUAAUAUUGAUGCCAUUUUUGCAUAUUUGGGAGACGGUGGCUCUUCUUGAUUACUUUGUUAAUCUUUCUCAUUUUAAGUCCUUAACACAAAAGCUUUAUCUGACUGCCAGUUGGCCUUACACGCCAUAUCUUACUCAUCAGAAACUAACAGCAACUGACCUCUGGCCCUGUUUCAUUGGUUAUAUAUGUUCAAACUGCUAACACAAUGUCAAGUGUGCUUGACUCAAAGCUUUUGGUAAGAAAGGUCAGUACGGGUCUAGUUUGCAUAUUAUUCCGUUUCAUGUCAGUUAUUUCUAGUAUCAAACUAAAAACCAACAUGGAAAAUUGCUGCUUUGUUUUCAUGUGGUUCAUAAGGUUUUGGGUGAUGCACUCUUGAUGCUACAAAAAAGCUAUUGUUCUUAGAGGGAACUGAACUCAAUUGCUCACCUUAGUAAAAUUAUAUAUUUUUUACGCAUUUUAUAAUCCAUCCCCCCAAAAAGUUUGAACUCCUGUUGGUUAAUAUCAAUGAAGUGGAUCUAAUGAAAUGGAUAUUGAAAAGUGUUUUUGUUGCCUAAGAAUGCCAUCAAGCCCUUGCACAUUAUUACUGCAUGCAACACAGAGAUGCCCAUUUAAAUGCUGGUAUCAUGGUGUGAACAUGGAACAUUUGAGAGGUUUAAAGUGAGUGCUGAAACCACGUAGAAACAAGUAGAAGAGUAGGCCCCUAUAUAGAGUAGGGAUGCUGCAAAGACAGCCAUUACUGUUUUUGUCAGACUGGGAAUGAACGAAAACAACCAGAAAAAGCACUUGUUGUUGCAUUGCGUGAAGAUGUUUGUAGAUGGUUUGUAGAUCACAGAAUCUUACUCAACCAUUCAUGUGUGUGACAGCCAAAAUAAGCGUCAUUGCUACAAACAAAUGCAUCCUUUUUUAAUUUGUUGAGGUGGCUCGAUGUGAUGUCAUAUCACAUCUUCAGUUUUUGAUGUGCUAUUUUUAGCAGAUUUAUGCUUUAGUAAUGUUUAGUACCAAAGUUUGCUUUUUUAAAUAGCUUUAGUCUAAAGCAAAUUAAAACUGAGGCCUUAAACCACUACUGGUUAAAAUAAUUAGCAAUUACUGGAUCUGAUGCUUAGAUAUAACACUAAAAUUAUGCCCUUUAAUGAAGAGGGGAUGAUAAUUUUUUAUGCCUUUUUAAGGAUACAGUAGAUCACAGACCACAUGGACAUAUCAAGAGUCCGUUCUUUGUUUUAUAUUUUAUUUUUAUUCUAAGAAUGUUUAAUGGUUUACUUUUUUAAACACCCAACUACAUAUGUAUCAUAAUCAUUCUGUAAGGGAAACUCAUAAAAUAACAUGCUCUUGUUUUUGCUUUCAAUUGGUAUGGACUGCACUGUAUUACUUUUGUAAAUAGAGGAAUGGCAAAGGUAGUUCCUCUGUGAAUUUUUUUUUUUGUGUCAGUUCUUUCAUGGAUAAUAUUGAUAUAGUAUUCUAAAUAGAAAUAUUAUAUCUAAACAUUAAUAUUGUAUGUUGAUAUUAAAUAUUUGAUAAUAUUAAUGUUUAUAAUAUUCAAUAUUUCUUUCUUGAUCAAGGGAAAAUCUUAUUUGUUGCAUUUUUUGAAAAAAGCCUGCUUUGGUUAAGCAUUACAAAUCGUUGCUUAUGGAAGACAUACAAGCCAAAACCAUGCACACACAAAGCCAUUACCUGGUAUCUGCUGUGAGCUGUUUUUAAUCAAUUCCACAAUCAGGGAAAGAUAUUAAACUACCACAUGCAAGCGCCGAAAUGGAAACUGCCAAAUCAAAAGGUCAAAUUGUGAAGGUCACACCUAACCUUUCAAAGUGUUUUCAGUGUUAUUUCCUCUUGUAUCCAGUUGUCUUCCAGAAAAUUCUACAAACAGAGGACUGGUUAAUUGGUUGAUUUAAGACUAACCGUGUUGAGAUUCAUCAUCUCUGUCAAGUAAGUUAGAUUUAAGUAAGUUAGUUUGCCUGUCAUCUGUGCCACCGUGCUUACAUUAAACAGAAACUAGUGUAUUAGAUCACUUUGUGAGUUUUGUCUGUAGAAAAGGUGAGAGUUGGUAUGUUUUCUCAACCAUUGCAAUGACUUGUUUUACAUUUGGAAGUUUGAAAAAUGGCUGCCAGCCUUUCAUGUUUGAGUGCAUGCUCUCAGAUUUGAACUGUAUUGGUGCUGUCUAACUCCUAAAAGGCCAGUGUAUCUGUUGCUUUUGAAAUGGAUCAUUAAACACUGUACU